AUGGCUUCUACAGCUAGUGCUGGUCCUCCUGGAGGACCUCCUCCCCCUCCCGGAUCGCUUGUUCGUACGCCAAGUGACCCUUCCCAGGUUACUCCUAGGGCUUCGAAUCUCUUCAACCUUGUACGAAGGGCGACUGCAGGAGAAGGGGGUGCCGAGUACUAUAUUGUCCGACUGACCGCCUAUGGGAAUGCGGCGCUCCGAGAGCUCUGCCGUACCCCAGAGCAGCGCGAGGUCUGGUCAUGGCCGUCGUACGAGUUUCUUGUGAAGAUGAAGAAGGACCGAACUCCCGUUAUCUCGGCUGAUCAAAUCCGCAGUGCACGGCCGUCGUACGUCAAUGGACUCUUGAUCGCUUCUCGUGGAGUUCGUUUCCAAGGGAUAUGCCAUCGGUCUCGCCAAGGCCACCCAUUUGGUAAAAAUGUCGUACGAUUGCCUGGUACCUGGGAGGGAUGCUGUGCCAAUUGCAAGUGGAAGGAACAGACAGCGCAGUGCAAUGUACGAAACCCCAACGAGCCGCGAUAUAUCCCGCAGGCGUCUGCUCCUCUUCCACCCCCAAGCCGGGUCGAGGAGCUGACCGACUCGGACGAAGCCAAUGACGACAAUGGUGCUGGUGGUGCUGGUGCUGGUGCUAGUGGUACUGCUGCAGCAGUAUAG